AUGGCCGAAGCAUCCUCAACAGUAGAAAAUGCAGCAGAGCGUCAAUUUGGACCAGAAUUCGACGACAUUCACAUUCUUUCCAAUGCCCAGGUGGCUGUUAUUCUGCAAGUGAGCGCGAGGUCCGCGGUGAAUCGGGAUGAAGAGCUGAAUGAGGUUUACCGAAAGACGCAGAAGUAUGUCGAACGAUUCAACACCAUGACAAAUCCAGAAAAAGAAAAUCAAGAACUUGUCGAAGAACUUGAUAAUUUACAAGAUGCGCUGGCAUCGUUCCGAAAAGAAACAGACGAUGGGGAAGAACUAGAACUGCACAGUUUUGAAGUUUCUGCAUUGAUGAAUCUGGUUGUCACGGAUACUUCAGUAGAGGAAGCCAUCGCCUUGAUCCCUUCGCUCUCUCGAUUGCCAGAGGCUGCUAUUGAUGAAAUUUUGGACUUGAUCAAGAGUACAAUGAUUCGAAUUGUGUCAUAA